AUGAAUGAAGAGGAAAGGAAGGAGAAGGUGACGAUUGAACGAUGCGUUGAUGUCCUCUAUUCCUCACCUGCACAAUGUUCUUCCGUCGCAUUUGUCUCAUAUAUACAAGCCUUAGAUAUACACAAGGCUUUUAGUUUAAUGAUAAGAGAUCUUCAUGGAAGACUUGCACGGAUGAGGACACUGGAUGGGCCUACAAAUUUCGGUUCGAAGACACUUGAUAAGGAAGGGUUGAGCUGUAUGGAUAUAAAUAGAAGAUGGAUAAGCUUAAGACUCUGGGCUUGUAGGUGCUGGGUUGAGGAAGACAUGCGUGGAUAA